AUGCCCAUGUACAAGGGCGGGUGCAUUGAUGCCAUCUUGGAGCUCUACGAAUACGCCACCAUUUCAGACGAAGAGAAGGUCAAGUUGGCAGCCCUCCUGUUCUUCAACGCCAAGCCCAUGCUCAUCCCGAUCCUCGAGGAGGCCAUGCUCAGCCAGCUCCUUCUCUCCGAGGAUCUCAUCCAAGUGGAAGAUGGUGUUAUGUGUCAGCUUCACCAAGGGACCAAGCACAAGUUCUUCGACGGCGAAGCGCGGGCGUUCGAGUACGCCAUGGCCUACGUGGUCGGCGGUGCGUGGCUGCAAGUCUCUGUCUUCCGCGACAGGGCCAGGCUCAUCGGUGGUGCGAUGCACCGCCUCGAGCGAUUGAUACCCGGAAACCGUCCGACGACAGCGAAGAUGCACCAGAACCAGCGCGACAUCCUCAUCGCCACGCGGAUCGCUAACGAUGCCAUGGCCUGGUUCCGUGCGUUCGAGCUCAAGUACCGGCCGAAGAAGCACGGGAGCGUGUACCUCUUCGACAGCGAUAUCACCACCAACUGGCACGAGAUGGUGGAAGCGGCGGUCCGCGAUGUGCACGAGUUCAUCUAA